UUAAUUUUUCGCCUAAUUGGACUUUGAUUUAAAAAAAAAAAAAAAUGUACCUACAAAAUCGGGUCAAAGUCGGAUGUCAUACUUACGAGCCGAUAAAAGGGGAGGUGGUACCAAACCUUCUCUGUUUUUAAAGCAUCGACGGUCGCUUUUCCUCUCCUCUCCUCAAACAAGUGUUUUUCUCUUUUCUCUCGUCUUUUCCUUUCGACGCAGAGCGAAAGGCGGCGACCUUCAACAAUCUGUCGCAUUCAAAAAUCACGCUUUCUCUAAGUGCGCAAUGGUGUUUUUAAGGGGUGUAUCAGCGCUAUCUAGGCUGCGGUCUCGUCUUAACCAACAAUCCAGUCUCUGCGACUCUGUUAGAUGGCUUCAAACGCAAAGCUCUUCGGAUCUUGAUCUUCAUUCACAGUUGAAGGAAUUGAUUCCAGAACAACAGGAGCGCCUGAAGAAACUGAAGUCAGAGCAUGGAAAAGUGCAACUUGGGAAUAUUACUGUUGAUAUGGUACUUGGCGGAAUGAGAGGAAUGACAGGGCUACUUUGGGAAACCUCAUUACUUGACCCAGAGGAGGGAAUUCGCUUUAGGGGUUUGUCAAUUCCUGAGUGUCAAAAGCUAUUACCAGCUGCAAAGCCUGAUGGAGAACCUUUACCUGAGGGUCUUUUAUGGCUUCUUUUGACUGGAAAGGUGCCGAGCAAAGCUCAGGUUGAUGCUUUAUCUCAAGAAUUGCGUGGCCGUGCUGUUGUUCCAGAUUAUGUGUUCAAGGCCAUUGAUGCUCUACCUGUCUCAGCUCAUCCUAUGACUCAAUUUGGAACUGGUGUUAUGGCACUCCAGGUUCAAAGUGAAUUUCAGAAAGCAUAUGAGAAGGGAAUUCCAAAGUCAAAGUAUUGGGAGCCGACAUAUGAAGAUGCUCUUAGUUUGAUUGCUCGCGUGCCACUAGUAGCUUCAUAUGUUUAUCAAAGGAUAUAUAAAGAUGGAAAAUUUAUUGCUGUGGACAACUCAUUGGAUUAUGGUGGAAAUUUUUCACAAAUGUUGGGAUUCAAUUGUCCCCAGAUGCAAGAGCUCAUGAGGCUUUAUAUCACAAUUCACAGUGAUCAUGAAGGUGGAAAUGUUAGCGCCCAUACUGGCCACUUGGUGGGCAGUGCUCUUUCAGACCCUUAUCUUUGCUUUGCAGCUGCAUUGAAUGGGUUAGCUGGGCCUCUCCAUGGUCUGGCUAAUCAGGAAGUGUUGCUUUGGAUCAAAUCUGUGGUAGAUGAGUGUGGAGAGAACAUAUCCAAAGAACAGCUGAAAGACUAUGUCUGGAAAACACUUAACGGUGGCAAGGUUGUCCCAGGAUUUGGUCAUGGAGUGUUGCGCAAAACUGAUCCAAGAUACACGUGUCAAAGGGAGUUUGCUUUAAAGCACUUACCCGAAGAUCCUCUGUUCCAGCUGGUUUCUAAGCUUUAUGAAGUGGUGCCUCCUAUUCUUACUGAGUUAGGCAAGGUUAAAAACCCAUGGCCCAAUGUUGAUGCACACAGUGGGGUGCUGCUGAACCAUUUUGGUUUAACUGAAGCACGAUACUAUACCGUUCUUUUUGGUGUAUCAAGGAGUAUUGGGAUUUGCUCUCAGCUAAUAUGGGACCGAGCACUAGGAUUGCCCCUCGAAAGGCCAAAAAGUGUUACAACGGAUUGGCUUGAAAAUUACUGCAACAAAGCAAAAGCAACUUAAAGUUGGUGCCUAUAAUAAUUUCUCACAACACUUGGAUUGUGGAAUGGUCAAUGGCAUAAGCUGUUUCGGUUCCUAGCUACUUGCUGGAAGAACAACUCAGUCCGAAAUUUUGAAUUUCAACUAUGUUAAUUUGGUCUUUUAAUCAUGACUUAUUUUUUUUGGAUAAGCUAGAGUUUCAUUAUCCAAUGAACUACGGAACCUGGCACAAGAUGUUCAGUUCUGUUUUAAGAACAGGCCAAAAUUUACAGGUAAUUACAAAUAAAAGAAUUAGCAAAAAAUAUGUCGAAUAAUU